GCGAAUGUGACUUUUUCGCAUUACUGUUUGCGAUUCGCCAAGUUGACGUUAGCCUUAAACUUCAAAAAUUUGGCGAAUUGAAAUGUCGUUCUAUUACAAUUGGCGAAUGCUCGCCUUUAUCUGUCAUAAUCGGUCGAACUGUAAUUCUUGGUGACUUUGAAAAAAACACAGUUUUUUUUUGAAUUCGAAAUACAUAGUUGUCUAGAUUUUUUGUUGCGACAUAAAAAAAAUGAGUGAAAAUCGACAAACGUAAGAACAAAUUAAAUAAUUAUUAAACAAAUUAUAAUUACAACUUUUAUUGGUAUAGCAUUAAAAGAACAAACAACGCCUAGUUCUCAAAGUUGGUGGAGGUAAUGGAGGCAAACCCCGACAUUGCCAAGGGUGUCGGGACGUUUGGAUCAUCCAAAAAAAACCAAGCCCAAUAUUGGGAUUCGUUUGCCCUUGAGCUAAACGCAUUGGGACCUCCUAUACGAGAGGGUAAAGAGUGGCAUAAGGUUUGGCUGGACUAUAAAUUGAAAUUGAAGAAGAAAAUCGCGACAAAUAAAAAGGAUGUAGUCGCAACAGGUGGAGGACCUUUUCGGCAGUUGACUUUGUCCCCUUUGGAACAGGCAGUUGACAAUUUGCUAAGUUUGCAGCAAGCUGUAAAUCCAAUGGGUAAUACAUUUGGAACAAAUUCAACUGCAACAGUGGAACAACCCGACUCAAAUAAUGCAGACGUUGAAGUUGAAGAUGCUCCCAUGGCAAUGACAUCAGCCCAGUCAACAAAAAUCAACGAAUGUCGUAGAAGCAGGGGAAAGUUUGUGGAUGAACGAGUCAAACUCCUCCAAAAACAAACGGAGACUCAAGAAAAACUUCUUGUUGCGUCGGAUUCAAUUCAAAAAUCUCUUUCCGAAAUGGCAAGAUAUUCAAGAAAGAAUUAUGAAGUAAACAAGGAACAUGUUGAGGUACUGAAAGCAAAGGAAAAACGGAAGGAGAGAGAAAAUGUGCAGAAGGCGCAACAACAUAAAGAUCUUCUGGAUUUGAAAAUAAAAAAACUGGAAUGUAAAUUACAAUACCACCCAAAAUAGUAUAAGAAAGUAGAAUUAGAACAAAUGUAUAUAAAUGUA